UUGAGCUAGCUAGCCACCCAAUCAAUGUCUUAUUAUUCAGUUUUAUUAAUAUAGCCAGCCUAUCAUACGCGUUGGACUUAGUUUCUUUUUAAAAACAAAACCAUGAAUACGAUGAUAAAUCGGGGAAGUUUUCAGACCCAGUUAGUUUCCAUUAUGGAAAUGCUAAGCAAAGCUGCUGUGGUUGAAAUCGGUAAACUUGUCGACGAGUGCUCGGCGGUUCUCCGUUCUGAAAUAUCCCAACAACACAUGAACGAGAACGAGGCAUUAAAGAAGAAAUGUUACCUGCUAGAGAUUGAAUUAAAGACGGUAAAACUGCACGAACGUAAAAGGGUCAUUGCCAGCCGUUGUCAGAAUGAAGUUCAGGUCUCGGGACAAAUAUUUACGCAUCAAGCAACUGAGAACCGAGAGAAGCAGUCUGCCCCCGCCAUAGAGGGUGUCUUUGGUAAGGACUGGUGCAUGGACCUAUGGAGAAAUGGAGAGACUAUCCCUCAGGAUAAAGAGACAAUUGGAUCGGUCAUUUUGGGCAAUGGUGACGUCACUCAGGCAAUAGACUUGGUGGACAAUGAGCCCGAGUUGGUGUUUAUCAAAGAAGAGCUGUUUGAGGAUCAGCCAGUGGACCAGCAGAGGGGACAUGCAAGCAACAGAAAAAGGAGUGUAGCAGUGGAGGAUGCUCCAGCAGUAGAGAGAACAGCUGCCAGUCUACUUCACCUAUACCAGGGGGACUUGAACACAUACCCUUCAAUGCCUGACCCUGCAGGCAGCCAUCAGGUACAGCCUGACACAGAGCAGCCUACAUCCGUUGAGAGCCUCAUGGAAGACCCCACUCUGGCUGGUUUGGUUGACAACACACCAGAGCCUGGCCCUGACACAGCCGAUGGAAUGUACAUGGACUAUCCUCUCCGCAACACAUACGCACCAAGAAACCAGCCAAGCCUCCAGCAAGGAACUGGAAAAGACCUAAAGCAGCAGUUUGACUGUUUGUUUUGUGGGAAGAGCUUUGGUUAUUUAAGCUACUUGAAAGUCCACAUCAGACGCCACUCUGGAGAGAAACCGUUUGGCUGCACAGUUUGCGGGAAGCGCUUCGCUCAGAAGACGUACCUGAAGCUGCAUCAGCGUACACACUCUGGAGAGAAACCCUACAGUUGCACAGAAUGUGGGAAGAGUUUCUCUCAAAAGAGUUCGUUGAACGUCCACCUUCGGAGUCACACUGGGGAGAAGCCUUAUAGCUGUGUCGACUGUGGGAAGAGCUACACCUAUAAACACGGUUUUAACACACACCAAUGUUUCAAUUAAGGGAUUAGGGAGUAGUCAUUUUCUAUUGUCAAUUUGUUUUUAAUUAACAUUUCAACCUUGUUUUGAAAACUGGCAACCAAAACAUCUUUAGCCUUAUUGUAAUCAUGGUGGUUUUCAGUAGGUUGCGCUACUGUGUGCUCUAAUGAACAUUACCCAGCUGUUACUCUUCACGACAUGGCAGAGAACUGUUCCAUUCAAGUUUUCCCUCUGCGCUGUCCGUAGGAUUGCACACACACUGUGCUGCCUUGUCACACAAUUGGCAAGAGAAUAUGCUCCACUGUUAGAUGAAUAGAUUUGAGUGACAUUUUUGAACAGUGGUUGUCCUGAUACCAUUUGUUUGUGCUACUGUGAAGAAUGCCAGUGUGGUAGACAGAUCAUGUAAACGUGUGCCAAAUCAUUUUCUGUCAUGAAUUAUGAAAUUAAUGUAACGCGUACAGUAAUACAUUUACUUAUUUGUUCACAUUACAUAUUAUAAAAAUGUAAACAUGGCAAAGA